CGCCCGUGCGGAUCGCUCGGGCAGCUCGCUGCGCCCCGGGGGCCGGUGCGGAUGGAGGGACUUUGGGAGCCUGGUGCCUGAGAUCGCGCUUGCUGGAGGCUGCUCCCUGGGACUGGGAAGGAGCAGCGGCAGGUCGAGAAAGGCGGAACGAACAAGUCCUCCGGCUCCUCCCCCUAAGAAGGUCCCCUCCGUGGGGAGCGAGCGCGCAGCGAGCGCGCAGACUGCCGAGCGAGGAGGAUCGAGGCGUCCGUCUCACCUGGUGUUUAAGGAAAACAUGCCUCAGACUCCUCCCUUUGCCGUGAUGUUUGACAGCAACGGAUAUAACCGGCCCCUGUAUCAGUCCAAAGAAGAUAACUGUGAAGGAUUGUAUUACCAUGACAACAACUUGCUAUCAGGAUCCCUGGAAGCCCUUAUCCAGCACUUAGUGCCCAGUAUAGACUAUUAUCCUGAUAGAACAUAUAUAUUCACCUUUCUACUCAGCUCUCGUUUGUUCUUGCAUCCAUUUGAACUAAUGGCCAAGGUUUGCCAUUUGUGCGUUGAGCACCAGAGGUUAAGUGACCCCAGCCUGGACAAGAGCCAGAUUCGAAAAAUCGCACCCAAAAUUCUUCAGCUCCUGACUGAAUGGACUGAGACAUUUCCAUAUGAUUUUCGAGAUGAAAGAAUGAUGAGAAAUUUGAAAGACCUCACCCAUCGAAUAGCCAGUGGCGAGGAGACAUACAGGAAGACCGUUCAUCAAAUGAUACAGGGUCUGAUCCGAAAGCUCGCUACUCUCGGCCAGUAUGAGGAAGUCCUGGCAAAAAUUAAUGCGACAUCCACAGAUAGGCUUACGGUUCUGAAGUCCAAACCUCAGUCAAUACAAAGAGAUAUAAUUACCAUCUGCAGUGAUCCUUAUACGUUGGCACAGCAGUUGACUCACAUAGAGCUGGAGAGGCUCAAUUAUAUUGGACCAGAAGAAUUUGUCCAAGCAUUUUUGCAGAAGGACCCUUUGGACAAUGACAAGAAUUGUUAUGAUGAGCCAAAAAAGACACGAAACCUUGAAGCUUACGUGGAAUGGUUUAAUCGACUCAGCUACUUGGUUGCCACUGAAAUCUGCAUGCCUGUGAAAAAGAAGCACCGAGCAAGAAUGAUUGAAUAUUUCAUUGAUGUAGCCCGGGAGUGUUUCAACAUUGGCAACUUUAACUCCUUGAUGGCAAUAAUAUCUGGCAUGAACAUGAGCCCUGUGUCCCGGCUAAAGAAAACCUGGACAAAAGUGAAGACUGCCAAGUUUGACGUUCUCGAGCAUCAGAUGGACCCUUCAAGCAAUUUUUAUAAUUACCGAACAGCUCUCCGAGCAGCAGCGCAAAGGUCUUUGACGGCUCAGAGCAGUAGAGAGAAGAUGGUGAUUCCCUUCUUCAGUCUCUUUAUCAAAGAUAUCUACUUCCUCAAUGAGGGCUGUGCAAAUCGCCUUCCAAAUGGUCAUAUUAACUUUGAGAAAUUCUGGGAGCUGGCCAAGCAAGUGAGUGAAUUUAUGAUUUGGAAACAAGUAGAGUGUCCCUUUGAGAAAGAGCGGAAGACAUUACAGUAUCUGCUCACCGUUCCAGUCUUCAGUGAGGAUGCUCUUUACCUGGCUUCCUAUGAAAGCGAGGGCCCAGAAAAUAACACGGAAAAGGACAGAUGGAAGUCUCUAAGGUCCAACUUCUUAGGCAGAGCUUAAGGUGAGAGAGGCCGACGUCCACUGCUGUAGCUACACCAUCGCUGCUGUGUACUCGCUCCUUCGGGAACACAUCACGUCAUCAUUGUUGCUUUCGGCAUCCAGUGGUAGGAAAGCGAUAGCUACCCCGAACUCAGCAGACAGAAGAAGGGCUCGUGUGAAUCAAGAAAGCAAAUUCAUUGGAGAACAAAGGAAGAACAGACUUCCUACAGAUGACAGAUUGAGUUAUCUUGUGUGAGAUUCAGACACUGACUGAAGGCGGCUUUGACAGAAUCCUCUGAAGCUAUUGGAAUUGCCAUGUGAUUCAUCUUUCUUGGACUCUCCGUGGGAAUGAAUCACUCUGUACUGGAGGGAGAGAGAGAGAGAGAGAGAGAGUCUGUGUCUACAUGCACCCUUUUGCAUUAUUUGGAUUGAAGAUUUGCUGCUAAUGGGACAUACCAAGGCUCGAUGCUGACUCAUAGAAAGAUGUUCACUUAGGAAAGAAAAAAAAAAGGACAGAACCUCCUUCUUGCUAGAAAACCAUGCUCAAUAAUCCAAGAGGCUCAGCUUAAUUGGUAUUGACAGAGAAAGACUGGUCCAAUGCUGUCUACUGAGUUUGUUUCAAUUGGGUGUAUGAUGUGGUGUGUUUUUUGUGGGUUUCCCUCAUCCCAUAAGAUAUUGAGUUGGCUGCUGGUUAGCAAACUCAUUUUUACUAAUAUAAAUUAUUUAAAAUAAUGAAGCUUAAUUCUGUGGCAUGGAAGAUGGCCACUAGAAAACUGUCAUUUGAAGUUGAACUAUUUGACAUGCUAGAAGGUAGUUUUCUUUUCUUUUCAGCUGUUUACAGAUCACCACUGUGUUCUGUCAUUAUUUCUUCAAUAGUCUUUUGUUAAUCAUAAUUUUCCAUGACAGUUAUUUCUUUUCCUGUGUAAGUUCAAACAAUUUUACUUUUUCAAAAGAUUCUUCUAGAGUACCCAAUACAUCUAAAAUAUCUAUUACA